AUGGAAACAUCCAAAGACAGAGCCUCCUUACCGAAGAUGGAAUACCAACGACUGGGCAACAGCGGCCUCAAAAUCUCUCGAAUCAUCCUCGGCUGCAUGACAUACGGCAAUCCCAGCUGGGAAGGCUCGCCCUGGGUUCUAGACGAAGAGAAAUCCCUACCUCUUAUCAAAAAGGCCUAUGACGUAGGAAUCAACACAUUCGACACGGCAAACACAUACUCAAACGGUUUCUCGGAAACGAUUCUCGGAAACGCAUUAGCCAGAUACUCGAUUCCCCGAAGCCGAGUGGUGAUCAUGACAAAACUAUACUACCCUGUUUUGGAAGACGAUCCAGACGCACGACCAAGCCCGGCAAUUAACGAUGGAUCACUCGUUAACCAAAUGGGACUUAGUCGGAAGCACAUAUUCGACGCUGUCGAGGGAUCUCUGCGCCGCUUGAACACUGAUCAUAUCGAUGUACUUCAAAUCCAUCGACUGGAUCAUGAUACAUCGCCUGAAGAGAUCAUGCGCGCUCUUCAUGAUCUGGUUCAGAUGGGUAAGGUGCGGUAUUUGGGUGCUUCGAGUAUGCAUUGCUGGGAGUUUGCUCGAUUGCAGUAUAUUGCGAAGAUGAAUGGGUGGACGCCGUUUGUCAGUAUGCAGGGACUGUAUAAUCUACUUUACCGCGAGGAAGAGAGGGAGAUGAAUCCGUUCUGUGCGGCUGAGGGUGUGGGGUUGAUUCCGUGGAGUCCAUUGGCGAGAGGGUUGCUGGCGAGGCCUUGGAAGGAGAAGUCUUCUCGGGCGGAACAGGACCAGAAGACUAAGAAGUGGUUUGUGGGGGAUCAGAAUGAGGAGAUUGUGUUGAGGAUUGAAGAGAUGGCGAAGGCGAAAGGUUGUGAGAUGGGUGCUAUUGCGAUGGCGUGGUUGUUUAGCAAAGGCGCGUGUCCUAUCGUUGGAUUGAACAGUGAGGCCAGGAUCGAGCAGGCGCUAGAGGCCUUUGGUGUGAAUUUGUCGAAGGAGGAGGUGGAGAAGCUGGAAGAGCCAUAUAGACCACUGGCUGUGCAGGCGAUCUAG